CCUCUUUUACUUUGUGGAUAAUUAUGCCAUCACCUCCAUUAAUCUUUUGUUCUUCCCAGUUCAAAUGCCAGGCAUUAAAUGAGCCACCAAAAUUCAGCUCCCAUUCUCCUUCAAACCGAAGCAAGCCUGUUGUGCAGCCAUGAGUUAGUGGAGAAAAACCGAGUUACAGUUAUAGCACCUUUUGAACAAAAUGGAAAUUUGAGAAAAGGAUCUGUUGUAGCCUUUGAAUCACUUUUUUUUUUUUUUUUUUUUUGAUGUGGAUGACUUUUAAGGUCUUUAUUGAAUUUGUUACAAUACUGCUUCUGGGUUUUUGUUUUUGUUUUUUUUAAUGUUUUUGGUUUUUUGGCCGCAAGGCAUGUCGGAUCUUAGCUCCUCCACCAGGGAUCAAACCCGCACCCCCUGCCUUGGAAGAGAGAAGAUUAUAAAUGCCAGAGCCAUUUAAAUGAUGGUUAGCUGUUGAAUUCUGACACUUCCUUAAAUACCUUCUUGCACCAACAUCUUCAGUGGGAAGAGUUCAGGAAAAGUAGCAGAGGGAAGGAGAGACAACAGUUACAUGUACCAUGGCUAUACCAAUAACAGUACUUGACUGUGAUCUCUUGCUAUAUGGCCGAGGUCACCGGACAUUGGACCGCUUUAAGCUGGAUGAUGUGACAGAUGAAUACUUGAUGUCCAUGUAUGGGUUUCCUCGACAGUUCAUUUAUUACUUGGUGGAGCUCUUGGGGGCGAGUCUUUCUAGACCUACUCAGAGAUCCAGGGCUAUUAGCCCAGAGACACAGAUCCUUGCAGCACUGGGCUUCUAUACCUCAGGUUCUUUCCAGACUCGGAUGGGAGAUGCUAUUGGAAUCAGUCAGGCAUCUAUGAGUCGAUGUGUUGCCAAUGUCACCGAAGCGCUUGUGGAAAGAGCUUCACAGUUCAUCCGCUUUCCUGCUGAUGAAGCCUCCGUGCAGGCUCUGAAGGAUGAAUUCUAUGGGUUGGCAGGGAUGCCAGGGGUCAUAGGGGUGGUUGACUGUAUCCAUGUGGCAAUCAAGGCACCAAAUGCUGAAGACCUUUCCUAUGUGAACCGCAAAGGUCUUCAUUCUUUAAACUGCCUCAUGGUGUGUGACAUCAGAGGGGCACUGAUGACUGUGGAGACAAACUGGCCGGGGAGCCUCCAGGACUGUGCUGUGCUACAGCAGUCUUCUCUCAGCAGUCAGUUUGAAGCUGGGAUGCACAAAGAGAGCUGGCUGCUUGGUGACAGUUCCUUCUUUCUCCGCACCUGGCUUAUGACCCCACUUCACAUUCCUGAAACUCCAGCCGAAUAUCGCUAUAAUAUGGCCCAUUCUGCAACUCACAGUGUGAUGGAGAAGACUUUCCGAACCCUCUGCUCCCGAUUCCGCUGCCUGGAUGGAUCCAAGGGGGCACUGCAGUACUCACCGGAGAAGUCCAGCCACAUCAUCUUGGCCUGCUGUGUCCUCCACAACAUCUCCCUGGAACAUGGGAUGGAUGUCUGGUCCUCUCCAGGGACAGGACCCGUGGAACAGCCUCCUGAGGAAGAGUCCGAGCACAUGGAGUCCUUGGACCUGGAGGCUGAGCGUAUCCGUCAGGAGUUGAUGCUCACUCACUUCAGCUAAUGUGGAAGGUGGGGAGGAGGGAGGCUUUCCAGAAGGAGCUGUGACAAACUUUCCCUCUCACCACCCCCUACACAGUUCCAUCAUCUAGCAUGACUGAGCGUGUGGACACUUGUCACAAACUGACAUUUAAUCUGCGUGUUUUAGAAAGGUUGAGGCUAGGCCAGAAUAUCUCGACUCAUUUGCAAGUUUAUUAACUAAACCAAAACCUCCGAGACAACAGUUCUCUGCUCUCCACUGAACACCAGGUUAGCACCGCUCACUCAUUUGAAAGUUCCCUGGUCGCAGACAUUUAUAUUGUGCUUACAAAAUCAAAGCAAAGGGAAAAAUAGCAUCUAGACAGCCAGAACACUUUGUUUCAGUUAUCUAGAGAUUUCAAAAGAAAACAAUAUUUGUCCUGAAAGAUUUGGAUGGUAUUUUAGCUUUUCUACUUUACUACCUAUAUAGGCAUAAUCUGAGGCAAGUGUGAAGAGUAAAUUUCAGUUGGGAAAUGGUCUUCUGACAUAAAUAAAUGGCUACUAAUGUGAUUUUUCAGCUUUGUGUUUUUAAGAGGAGGUUAGGGACAGUCCAAAACCUCCAUCUUAAUUCUGUCUGUAAUAACUGAGCUGUGACUUGGACCUAGUUCCCAGGGAGAACAUCUGGACUCCAAUCUCUUACUUCCAACCCUGAGUCAGAGCUAAAGGCUAAAUGGGUUUAAGAAUUCAAUCAGCUUCAAGAAGACAAGUCAAAUAGAGACAAAACAGCAAGCUUACACUUUACAGGGGAUCUAAAGACCCUGAUAGAUUGAUGGGCAAAGGAAAUUCACCCAGGUUUAGACAGUCCACAUCUAAAUAGAUCACAUUUCUUAUGACCAUGAUGUUAGGAUGUCUUUUUGGCCAUUCUGCUUUGAAAUUCCUUGUUCAGAAAGAAAGUUUAGGGGAUACAGAAGACAUGUAUUAAAAAGGAGAGGUAAAAGGAAUAUAAUUUCUUGGUUUGAAAUGAAUUUUGGAGUUAGACCUACUUGAAUAUCUUCUGUGCGAAGUGAUGGACAGAAUUUCUCAGGAAAUAAAUAAUCCUCCACCAAGUCUUAUUCUAAAAUUAUACUGAUAUAAAAAUAACCUGAUUGGAAUAAUGAAAGUGUGAAUUAGGUUCACACAUUGGUGCCUUUGCUGGGACAAAAUAGAGACUUUCCUGAGGAUUGUUUUGUUCCCAGUUUCUCAGCCAUUCACCCAUGUGAUCCCUCAGAAUUGUCCUCAUGGAUCAUUUCCUACCUGCCUUUGGCAGUGUUAAUCUGGUGAUUUUCAAAGUAAAGAAAUGAACAGCUGAUGACAAAAGAAAUUUGGAAAUAAAUUGAAGGUGACUCAUCCACAAGAUUAAAAACAAUUAUGGAUUAUUAUCUGCUGUUUAUUUCUGCUCCAAAUGCUAUUUUCCAUCAUCAUCCUACUCUGUAAGGAGUGGGUCCAUUUGGCAGGAGGUUGAGCUUAACAAGUGCAGUGAUAUUGCUGAGAUGGGAGUGGACAAUGAAGAGGUGACUGGAAACUUUUGUUCUAUUCAUUAUGCAAUAGAGGUGCCCUGUUAUGGUUUUUUUUCUUUGUAAAGUUUAACCUGUGACCCGAGCUUGCUUUGUCUCCCUGAUAAGGCAAUAUUUUAACUCUCACAGUCUUUCCAAGUUUCCUGAGAUGGGUAUUUUUCCCUCUAAAGUUUUGGUUCUAUUAUGAGUAUUGCAUGAGGAAAGGCAUAGUGUCACCCGUGCAUCUUAAGAGGCAAGGUGGAGUGUAAUCUUGGAAAGUGCCUAGCAUUUUAGCUUUCAAAAACCACAUUAGGGCUUCCCUGGUGGCGCAGUGGUUGAGAAUCUGCCUGCCAAUGCAGGGGACACGGGUUCGAGCCCUGGUCUGGGUGGAUCCCACAUGCCGCGGAGCAACUGGGCCCGUGAGCCACAACUACUGAGCCUGCGUGUCUGGAGCCUGUGCCCUACAACAAGAGAGGCCUCGAUAGUGAAAGGCCCGCGCACCGUGAUGAAGAGUGGCCCCCGCUUGCCGCAACUAGAGAAAGCCCUCGCACAGAAACGAAGACCCAACACAGCCAAAAAUAAAUAAAUAAAUAAAUAAAUAAAUCCUUCCCUCUACUUAAAAAAAAAAAAACACACAUUAAAGGAAAAUUGGGGUUUUCACAACUUAACUCAUUAGAUGGUGACAUGAAGCCUCAGUGGGAGGGACAGUCUGGGGGAGAAUUCAUUAGCAAUUUCAAGCCUAUUACUUGCACACCAAAGAUAAUUUCUAAGUGCUGAACAGACUGAACAUUGGCUGGAAGUGUUUUUCCCUGGGAGCAUUUUAUUUCCUAAUAAUUCCACAGAGUAACUGUUAAAAUCUAUUCCUUUAAUCUCCUUUCGACCUGGAUUUUUAUAGGCCAGGAUUUUUUUU